UCUGCGGGGGCGGGGGAAGAGAAAUCGAGCCCUGUGCUCCAGUUUUCCAGCCGUCCACUGAUGCCAGCGCCGCCGCCUCUAGUGGGUCAGUGUCAUGUCAUCUAUUAAUAAAGUGGGAGACGCAGGACGAAGAAACCAGGGAAUCCGCAUCCGCGAGUCCGCCGCGCGGACGAUCCCGCGCGCACGGAACGCCAAACAACAGAGCCGCAACUUCCGAUAGACGCGGACGCCCUUCAUCCACGCGUUCAUCCGCCUCCUCCGGGCUGCUUUUGUCUCCUUCACCCCGCUCGGCUCCGGAGCUCUGCCUCCGCUCGUUUGCGGUCAGCCAUCGGCGCUUGUUGGUAAACACGGAUCCCGGCGGCGAGGACUCCCUCUGGCGCAUUGAUGCACCCGUUUCAGUGGUGUAACGGGUGCUUCUGUGGUUUGGGACUGGUUUACUCCAACAAGUCGUGCACCAUGCCGCCCAUCACCUUCCAGGACCUGCCGCUCAACAUCUACAUGGUCAUAUUUGGAACAGGCAUCUUUGUCUUCAUCCUGAGCCUGAUCUUCUGCUGCUAUUUCAUCAGCAAACUACGACACCAGGCUCAAAGUGAACGCUUUGGGUACAGAGAGGUCAUUUUAAAAGGAGACCCCAAAAAGUUAAGUCUUCAUGGGCAAACGUGCGCCGUCUGUCUGGAGGACUUUAAAGUGAAAGACGAGCUGGGAGUGUUACCAUGCCAACAUGCUUUUCACAGGAAGUGCCUGGUCAAAUGGUUGGAGGUGCGCUGCGUCUGCCCCAUGUGCAACAAACCAAUAGCUGGGCCUCCAGAGCAGCAUCACAGCAUAGGGACUCUACUAGAUGAACUGGUGUGAUCCUUGAGCCGGCGUGGGCGGAAGACCAGCGGUCGGCCACACCCACCGGUGUGACCGACAGGAGAAGGGAACACCUCUUUGCCGUUAAAAAGCACCAACAUUAUGAUCACAAUUUGGGGUAACCUAGUUACCACCCGGAGAAAGACUCUUAAGAGAUGCAGUUGCCUAGCAACAACCUCUGUGAACGCAACACAACACCUUCAAAUGUCUGAGAGAUUAUCUUCAGCCGCCCACUCGUUACUCCACCACUCUUCUUUCAAGUUCCCCCGUUAUUUCCCCCCUCUGCUGCUACCGUCAGUGAGGUUAACAGCACCGCCGGGGGGAGAGGCCGAUUUUUCAAUGAGACGGAUGAAAGCCGUCGGCGAGAGGCGCCGUGGGUCGUGCAUGUCACGGUUGGCACAGGCAUGAAAUGAUGCCCAUAUCAGCUGAAGCACCAGCAGACAAACCCUUCAGAUGAGGGGAUUGGGACACAUUUAGCCUCCUUUGCUCCGAGUUCCUGUGAGAGGCACAAGAUUGUUUUUCAGACUUUGUAAAGUAAAUGUAGAAAGCAGAGUAAGUAACACUGCAGUGUGAACAGGUUUGACCUAAAACAUUUUUAAAACAAAUGUAGAUUUUUGACAUUUUUAUCAUGUCUUAUUUCCGUAGCUAGACCUCUUUCCUUAUGUAGCAAACGUCUUUAUUGAGUCAAACCAACUAAUUUCUUCUCAUUUUAUGUGAAUUCAUGUUAUCUAUUUUUGCCCAAACAUGCUAUUGUCUUAAUCGAAACAUAAUUUAUUUGUUUGUUUGUUGUUUUUUCUAAAUGUUGCACUUUGAAAUAGCAAAAAAAGAAAGGAAAAAACCAACCAAUUUUGUCAUUUUUUAUUGGUAGACCACAGAGCAGCAGAUCAUCUGUUUUCAAUUCAGCGGAGUGAAGCAGCUGGGAGAUAAAGACAGCCCCCGUGCAGCCCUCUGCAGGCCUUGAAGGCUUCGUUUUUGGAAGCGGAGCAGCAUUUUUGUGGCAUUAUUGCAUGUGAUUCCCUUUUCCUUUCCUCAGUCUUAGGGUGGAUUUUUCUCAAAGCAAAACACUGCCUAAAUUGAGCACAAAACUCACAGAGCACAUUGUGAAGACAGACGGAACACUGUACAAAAAAAACAUGUUCAUGAGCCACGAAAAAGGUAAAUUUUGUCGCAUUUUCUGCACAACGAGAGAGAGAAGUGUUACUGACCACAUUCCACGUUUUGUAAGCCAACAGAUGUACAUAACUUGAAAUGGUAAUAAAGUUGUCUGUUUGCUCAGCAUCUCA